AUGGACUUUCUUCUAAACCUUCAAUUUCUUCAAUCUCCAUCUAUGUCACUACUACUUUUUAUCUCUUUAUUUAUUUCUAUAUUCUUUUUCUAUUCGCGUAGAAAUAUACCAUACCCUCCUGGCCCGAAAGGGUAUCCAAUUUUUGGCAAUAUCGGCAUCAUGGACCAACUAACCCACCGUGGCUUAGCUCGUCUCGCUAAGCAAUACGGUGGGCUCUUUCACCUCCAAAUGGGCGGGCUUCAUAUUGCCGCCGUAUCAACGCCGGAAAUGGCUCGAGAAGUUCUUCAAGUCCAAGACGGCAUUUUCUGCAACCGGCCGGCCAACGUUGCCAUAACCUACUUGACCUAUGAUCGGGCCGAUAUGGCCUUUGCAAACUACGGCCCAUUUUGGCGUCAAAUGCGCAAAAUAUGCGUUAUGAAGCUAUUUAGUCGAAAACGGGUCGAGUCAUGGGCCUCGGUACGAGAAGAAGUAGACUCCACCGUUCGAGCCAUGUUGGAAAAAACCGGUUCACCGGUUAACAUAGGUGAACUAGUGUUUGGAUUAACUAGGAACAUAAUAUACGGGGCAGCUUUCGGGUCGGUUUCAGACCAAGGGCAAGAAGAGUUCAUGAAAAUAUUACAAGAAUUUUCCAAACUUUUUGGAGCUUUUAAUAUUGCUGAUUUUUUCCCAUGGCUGAGUUGGUUACAUUCACAAGAUUUCAAUAAGAGACUAAUUAGGGCACGAGAAUCACUGGAUGGGUUCAUUGAUAUGGUGAUCGAUGAACAUAUGGUAAAAAAGAAUGACAACAGUAAAAAUGAAAAUGAAGAAGAAAGAGACAUGGUGGAUGAAUUAUUGGCUUUUUACAGUGAAGAUGUGGGUAAAAAUGGUUACUAUGACUCACAAACAAGCACCAUUAAGCUCAACAGAGAUAACAUCAAAGCUAUCAUCAUGGAUGUCAUGUUUGGAGGAACUGAAACCGUAGCAUCAGCAAUAGAGUGGGCAAUGGCAGAACUAAUGAAAAGUCCUGAAGACAUGAACAAAGUGCAGCAACAGCUAACAGAAGUUGUUGGCCUGAACCGAAAAGUCGAGGAAUCGGACCUCGAAAAAUUGACCUACCUCAAAUGUUGUCUGAAAGAGACACUACGUCUCCACCCUCCUAUUCCUCUAUUUCUCCAUGAAACUGCCGAGGAUAGCAUAGUUACGGGUUACAAAAUCCCAGCAAAAUCACGUAUCAUGAUCAACGCAUGGGCAAUCGGGCGCGACCCAAAUGCAUGGGUUGACCCGGACAAGUUUAAUCCUAGUCGGUUUAUGGAAGAUGGGGCGCCAGAUUGGAGGGGAAGUAAUUUCGAGUUUAUUCCGUUCGGGUCAGGUCGGAGGUCGUGUCCGGGUAUGCAAUUAGGGGUGUAUGCAUUGGAGUUGAGUGUAGCUCAUUUGGCUCAUUGUUUCAAGUGGGAAUUACCUGAUGGAAUGGAGGCUAAUCAGCUUGAUAUGAAUGAUGUGUUUGGACUUACUGCCCCAAAAGCUGUUAGACUUGUUGCUGUACCUACUUACAGGUUGAAUUGUGCAUUUUGAAUUGUAAAAGUAUCAUUUAAUUAAGAGCAAAUUUCUAGACACCUCGACAUUUACCAUAAUAUGCACUUGCAUCUCUCUUGUUUCAUA